AUAUUUGAUGGCCGUGAGCCAACAACACUUGGUUGUUCUCAAACCCUCAUUCACUUGCAUUCUUAUCUCCGCCACGCCACUCGGAGAAAGAUUGUAAAGUUAUGGUAAGCAUCUCUCUGCAAAUAUUCAACCAUAUGCCUCUCUCUGCAAAUAAAUAUUCUUACAAUCUUCCGACGUCAGGACUUGCUAAUUCCCAAAUCAAUUCAGCUGUUUUGGAGGAGAUCAACUGUUCCGACUUUAUAAUAAAAGGGAUCGAUGGCGCAUCACUUCUGCAGAUAGCUUUCGAGCAGAUAGUUCGACCAAUUGUAAAAAAGGAAAUUGAACAGCAGCUCAAAUAUCUCAACAAUGGAAAAUGCUAUUCUGGUGCUGCUGGCAGCUCUUCUGAACCGAGAUACUUGGAAUUACAAUUCUCAUCUAAUGUUUCGGAGACUGUAUGGACAGCAGAACCCAUACGAGGUGAAGGGAACAGCUUUAUUUUAGUAACUCUAUUUGAUGUUCAUACUGGCGAAGCUGUCAUCUCUGGACCAGAAGCUUCGGCAAAAUUGGAAAUAGUUAUCCUAAAGGGAAGCUUUGACAGAGAUGAUUGGACAGCAGAAGAGUUCAGCCAAAAUAUUAUAAAGGAAAUGAAUGAGAAAAAAAUCCUCAAGGGAAAUGUUCUUCUUGAACUAAAAGGCGGCAUAGGAACCUUGGACGACCUCUCGAUCUUGCAUGAUAAGAAUUGGAAGCCGGUUAGUAAGCUAAGGCUUGGAGCAAGAUUCGUGGAUACUUUUCAAAAUAUCAGAGUAAAGGAAGCAAAGACAAACACUUUCACUAUGAAAGACAAAAGGAUGAAAGAAAAUAGGAAGGGUGUAGAAGUAUUAUCUCUUAUGGAUAAUGUAUGGUGCCUAAAAAACAUUGGACAACGUGGACCUAUUGUUGACCGUUUGACGGAAAGAGGCAUAAAAACUAUACAAGAUUUUCUGAGUCUAAAUUUUGCACGCCCUGAAGAGCUCAAGAAGAUCCUUGGGCGUGGCUGGAAUGAUGCGAAAAGGAAGGCUACUAUAGAUCAUGCUCUUAAAUGCGAGGGAAGUGCUGCACUUAAGGCAUGCUUCAUCAAUCAACUCUCUUGUCCUUUUGAUAAGAAGGAAGAGGAAGUUGUUUUGGAUGAAACUAUACCUCCUUUAGUUUCACCUACUGCUACAACUUGUGCUUCUAAUGGACCUGCAGUGGCACCUGUAGGAACUGCUAUCCUCAGUGAAGAAGAGAUAAAUGCUUCACUUUUUUACGAUCCCCUCUUCAAAAAAAAUGGGCAUGAUCCUACUACAACAGGGGAAAUAAUCUCAAACUCUUGUAACCAUUCAUGGAAUGCAAUUGACCAAACUGAUCCGAAUAUUAUCUAUCAGGUACCACAUAUGGAUGAUUUUAACGGGAAUAAUAAUCAUAUGUAUCGGGUAUCAUCAUUUAGUAUCCCGGAUCAAUUCUUGAAUGGAACUUGGUUUGAUGGGCUUGAUUGAGAACUACAAGCUUGAAUUCAUUCAAUUUUACAACGUUGGUGAUCGAGCAUUCAGGCCUGUGAUGGUUAGUUCCUGUGUCCUAAUAAGGUUUUCUUUUCUGUACAGAGAAUUUGACUAAAGAAAAGAAGAUAUAAACUUUUGGUUGAUAUGUUUUAUGUUUAUUUUUUUCAUAGUAAUGUAAACUUGAAUUUAUCAUAACAAUAUUGAAUUUUGUUUUAAUUCUUGGUUUGU